AUGAUCACCCUAAUACCCGAUCGAUAUGUUCCUGAACCGGUGACCCAGGAAGAUCUCGUUAUUGCAUCUCUCGCGUGGGGCUUCACUCUGGGCAUUGGCUGGUUGGCAUCAUGGACGGCCAUCGUUCAGACAGCGAGCGUCAUCCGGCGGCGCGGUUGGCAGGGAGUAGCCAACCCUUAUGUCAUCAUGAUUUGGGGAGAAAUAGCCGUCUGCUUGGCUUUCGGCAUCAUCUGCUUCAUGUAUUUGCUGGGAGCGAUCCCUCCUAGCUUUGCUUUCUAUUUUUGCAUUUUAACCACAUGGGCUCUCCAAGUACAAUUUCUGCUUCAGAUCAUCAUCAACCGAUGCGCAAUUCUAUGGAGGGACAAAGUCAAGGUCAAUCGACUGAAAUGGGGAGUAGCCGCGCUUAUCACCGCCAUCAAUAUCACAGUCUACUGCAUAUGGAUCCCUGCGCGGCUGCAGAUCUCCGAUGAGUACGUCCAUAUCAACGAGUAUUGGGAUCGCACCGAAAAGAUCAUAUACCUCCUUGUGGAUGGCUUUCUUAAUAUUCUUUUUAUCCGGAUCGUCAAGAAAAACCUAGUGGACAAUGGCCUUCAAAAGUACAACAAUCUUGUCCGGUUCAAUAUGCUCAUCAUCGGCUUCUCCCUCAGCAUGGAUAUCCUUAUCAUUAGCAUGAUGAGCCUGAGAAAUACGUUUGUGUAUAUGCAAUUCCACCCACUGGCUUAUAUCGUCAAACUCAACAUCGAGAUGUCGAUGGCCACCCUGAUUGCAAAGAUUGCCAAGUCGAGCGGCAAGAUCCAAACACCCAACCCAUCUCCCUCCCACUCCCGAGGAUUCAGUGGGAUCAUGAAUACCAAUUCGACACUUGCUACUGUGAAAGAAGAAAGUGUGCAAAAACCUUGGGCCACCGUCACCAAGACAGUUGAGCUGACCAAUGUACGGGCACCAUCGCCCCCGGUAGUCGCUACUCCGCGGCUUAGCCGUGCCAAUACAGACUCAUCGAUGUCCUUCAAAGACGGUUCUUUAUCCUUCCGAGAGGGCCACUCCUAUUCGGUUCACAUCGAAGCAACUCCUCCCAACAAGGGAGGACCUUCACGGGACGAUGCUUCGUCGAGCCGGCGACGAUCAUCCGCAUCAGAAGGAUUGCUAGAUUAA